UUAAAGGGAACGGAAGACUUCCCAGACCAGAGUCAAGGUAGGAGAUCUUCUUCACUAUCCAUGCACGCUGGAGUUUACAUAUUUUUUCACAAGAAAUCAAGCAGAUUUCAGGGAAUAUCGAAGUGUUGCAUGUCAUGGACAAAAAAGUUGAAAGACGAUGCGAUUCCAUCCCUCAAUGCGAUUCUAUCUCACCCGAAGUUGCUAGCUUUACAAGAAGUAUUCCACCAGCUCACUACACAUUUAAGGUGGAGUCAUUUUCGAAAAUCUUGAAGAUGUUUCCAGGGAACAAAGAGGCAAAGUAUGACUCAGACGUGUUUGAAUCUGGUGGCUAUAAAUGGAGGCUGUCUUUUUACCCAAAUGGAAGGAAUAUAUGUAAUGGGAAGGGAAGCAUAUCUCUCUACGUGGUGAUUGCAGAAACAGAUUCUUUACCUCUUGGUUGGGAGGUUAAUGCAAUCUGUAGAUUGUUUGUGCUGGAUCAGAUUCGGGGCGAGUACUUGACAUUCCAAGAUGCUAAUGGCAAAGUAAGGCUCUUUCAUGCAAUGAAUACUGAGUGGGGAGUUCCACAGUUUGUCUCCCUCACUACUUUUAGUGAUCCUUUUAAUGGAUACCUUCUUGAAGACUCCUGCAUAUUUGGCGUUGAGGUUUUUGUCAUAAAAUGUACUGGUAAAGGGGAGCUUUUGUCCAUUUUGGAUUUUCCAAUCACAGGCGUCUGUACUUGGGAAAUUACAACCUCUUCAUUGCGGUAUGCGGAAGAUGUGUCGAAAGAGUUCACAGUUGGAGAGCACAAAUGGGAGCUGAAGCUAUGUCGGAAUGCGGUUUCAAAUGAUGAUGGUAAAAGCUGUAUGAAAUUGUUUUUAUCACUGUGUGAUUGGGAAACUCAUCCCCCCAAAGGAAAAUUGUAUGCUAAAUAUACACUGCUUGUGAGGGACCGAAAAGUCGGUGGAUAUCGCCAGGAUGUUACAGAUCAUAAUUGGUUCUCUACAUCGGCCAGGGGCUAUGUUUACAACUUUCAUCGAGGUUUCCUUGAUCGGACCUCUAUGUUGCUUGAAGGCAGUUUUUUUGUUGAAGCACAGGUUGAAAUAAUGUCUGUUGUCACAAAUUUUACUGGGAAGAAGUGAAGGUGCUUAUUUUGACAGUUGUUGAUAUUGUAGUAGUUACUUGUUGGUCAAGUUACAACAAGCUGAAUCUCAUUUUGGGUUGUAAACAUAUAUUUGAUCGCUUGUUAUGCAUUUCUAUUCCAAUCCAUUCACUUUAGCUA